UUCGAGGAUCAUCCCAUACAAAAAUGGGAUCUGCGAACGCCAAUACCUUACACCUUCGAUGAAUCCUUAGCCGAAUACGACAAGAAUGAUGUCCGAAACGCUUUGAAGGAGAUCGAAGAGAAGACCUGUAUACGCUUUGAGUAUUUCGAAAGAACCCCACAAGGAUAUCAUAUAAAUUACCAGAAAGUGGACAGUCCAACAUUCUGUGGCCUCUCAUAUAUUGGAAGAGUGGAACCUGCUAAUCCCAUCUAUCUCAGUUUCCAGUGCGGAAACGCAAGAGGUAUCGCAAUGCAUGAAACCCUUCAUGCGCUCGGAUUGAAUCAUGAACACCUACGAAAUGAUCGUGAUCAGUAUGUAAAGAUCGACUGGAGCAAUAUAAACCCACAACACUAUGAUUACUUUGUUAUCGCCGACUCAAAACUCUAUACAUCUUAUGGAAUAAAGUACGAUUACGGAAGUAUAAUGCAUUAUAAUGCUUAUAUGGGAGCACUUAACGUCGCAAGACCGACCAUUAUACCAAAGAUUGAUGAAGCCGUGAAUAUCAAAAAGCUAGGUCAACGAGAAAAACUGAGUGAUUCAGAUGUUGAAAUACUCAACAAAAUGUAUUGUAUGCCAGGUUGUGAUGACACUAAUGUCUACUGUGGCGCGUGGGCCUUGAAGGAUCUGUGCAAUCAUCCAAAUCACGAUAUUUUUAUGAAGAACAAUUGCCGAAGGAGUUGUAACUUUUGUAAUUACCGACUUUAA